CGAAUCGACCUCGAUGGGGCUUCUAACGAUCUUGAAAAAGGUCAAGCGGAAGGAGAAGGAGCUGCGCAUCCUGAUGCUAGGAUUGGAUAACGCGGGGAAGACCACGAUCCUGAAGAAGUUCAUGGGCCAAGACAUCAGCUCCAUCAGCCCCACGCUUGGAUUCGACAUUCAAACGCUCGAGUACAAACAGUACAAGCUCAAUGUGUGGGACGUAGGCGGGCAGCAAACCAUUCGGUCGUACUGGCGCAACUACUUUGAACAAACCGACGGACUUGUGUGGGUGGUGGAUAGCGCCGAUCGCCGCCGACUGGAAGAUUGCAAACGUGAGUUGGUGGCGUUGUUGACCCAAGAAAAGCUAGCGGGGGCGACGCUCCUUAUUUUCGCCAACAAGCAAGACCUGCCCGGAGCGUUGAGCCCGGAGGAUAUUGUGCUGGCGCUGGGCCUCCACGAAAGCCAAUUCGCCAAUCGCCAUUGGAAAAUCCACUCGUGCAGUGCGUUCACGGGCGAUGGGCUAGCAGAUGGCAUUGACUGGAUGGUGUCCGACAUCUCGAAUCGGAUUUAUAUGCUGGAAUAACACGCAAUAUGAUUGUUGAGUGUAUUGCCGACA